GUUUGAGUACUCUUCCCGCCCACAUAGCGCGCCUCCACCCUCGCGCCGUCUGACGCCAGAAGGCCCAGCCUACGAAGCAAGCUUCUGGCUCCGCCCUGACACCGGCACGACGCUGCUUGCUUGUCUUCACUGCUGUGUUUGUUUACCUCUUCUUUGCCUGCCUUACGUUCCCUUUUUCCACCUUUGAAGAUGGCGACCGAGGGUCUGCAGGAGAACGAAACGUUGGCAUCCCUGAAGAAUGAGUCAGAGAGCCUAAAAAACAAGCUUGAAGAGGAGCGGGCCAAGCUGCACGACGUAGAACUACACCAAGUGGCUGACAGGGUGGAAGCUCUAGGUCAAUUUGUAAUGAAAACAAGGAGAACUCUAAAAGGGCAUGGAAACAAAGUCCUCUGUAUGGAUUGGUGUAAAGACAAAAGGAGGAUUGUUAGCUCAUCGCAGGAUGGAAAAGUUAUUGUAUGGGAUGCCUUCACAACUAACAAGGAACAUGCUGUUACAAUGCCGUGCACUUGGGUAAUGGCAUGUGCCUAUGCCCCUUCUGGCUGUGCGGUUGCAUGUGGAGGCUUGGACAACAAGUGUUCUGUUUACCCUUUGACCUUUGAUAAGAAUGAGAAUAUGGCUGCAAAGAAGAAAUCUGUGGCAAUGCAUACAAACUAUUUAUCAGCCUGCAGUUUUACAAAUUCUGAUAUGCAGAUUCUGACUGCCAGUGGGGAUGGUACAUGUGCUUUGUGGGAUGUGGAGAGUGGACAGCUCCUCCAGAGUUUCCAUGGCCAUGCUGCUGAUGUUCUUUGUCUUGAUCUUGCACCUUCUGAAACAGGAAACACAUUUGUCUCUGGAGGAUGUGACAAGAAGGCAAUGGUAUGGGAUAUGCGAUCUGGGCAAUGUAUCCAGUCCUUUGAAACUCAUGAAUCAGACAUUAACAGUGUCAGGUAUUACCCAAGUGGAGAUGCAUUUGCUUCUGGUUCUGAUGAUGCCAGUUGCAGGCUUUAUGACCUUCGUGCAGACAGAGAAGUUGCAAUAUAUUCUAAAGAAAGCAUCAUUUUUGGGGCUUCUAGUGUGGAUUUCUCUCUUAGUGGUCGUUUACUUUUUGCUGGCUAUAAUGACUACACAAUCAAUGUCUGGGAUGUUUUGAAGGGGACAAGAGUCUCUAUUUUAUUUGGCCACGAGAAUCGUGUUAGUACAUUGAGAGUUUCACCUGAUGGCACAGCUUUUUGUUCUGGGUCAUGGGAUCAUACAUUAAGGAUUUGGGCCUAACUGUACAUGUAGUGGAAAACCAGACAUGUUUUAUUAACCUACAUGUUUCUGUAUUUAUAUUUUAUUUAUUAUAACACAAGUUGAUUUUUUUCUUUGGUAACAAAAUACAAAGAAAGAAAAUAGACAUCAGCAGUUUUAUUUAUUUUGGGUAUUUAUUUAAUCCAAUACCAACUGCAAACAACUCUCCAAAGGAAGCUGUACUUUCCCUACUUUUCUAAACAGUCCAUCUUCUAUUUGGUUUGAAAAUCAUAAGUCCCAUUUUUAAUUACUUUUUAUUCCAUUAAACUGCUUGUUUAUGUUGUAAGUGCUAGUGAACAGUUAAUUUAAUCAAGCACAUGAACUUAUGUUUUUUGUUAUUGCUAAAUAGAGGUCAGUGUUCAGUUCUGUAAAGACGGAUAACUAGUACAUAGAAAACUAAAAGCUGAAAGAUUCGCUUUUAAAGUCUUCAUUCAAGUUUCAUUCUUCAAGCAUUGGAUUUAUUAUGAUAUUAAAUUCUGAGUUCUUUCACAAUUUAAUGUGUAAUACACUAAAUAUGUCUGGUUUUAAUAAUGCUAGACGUCUCUACUGACAGUUAAUAUCUCUAUACAGUAACUCAAAUCGGUGAACAAAACAGAUUAGGAUUAGCCAACAAUGUGUAUAUCUUGA